GAUCAGUCAGUCGUGGUCAGUCGUCAGUCAAGUUCGAUUGGUGCUCGGUGGCGGUGUCGACCGAUCGCGCGCUCGUGUUGUGACAACAUCCUCAGUUUUAUCGCGGCCAAGUGAUCUGGAUGGUCAUUAGAUUCGAUUUGCUGUGAUUGUUUCAAACGUUCAUCGACAGGAUUUUUGGUGCCAUCCCCAAUAGCAGGGAGCAUCGCAUGGAAUAAAUUCACAAGUCUCAAGAUCAUUAUCAAUGGGGCCGAAAAAACCUGUGAGUAGACUUCAACCAGUCAUGACGAAAAUGAAGGACAUUUCAAACUGUGUCAGAGCAAAGUUAUCAAGCUGCAAUGCGAAAUUCUUGAGGAAUAAAAAUGACAAAGCAGAUGAAAAAGUUGAGCAUGAACAACAGACCUGCAUUGGAGGCACUCAACAGAGCUAUGAACUCAAACAACUUGACACCAAGAACUAUGAUCAUUAUUUCAAGAAUAACACUAGAUUCUACAACUACCAACGCACAAGACGAAUAAGCGAAAAUUCAGAUCCUGAGCAACAUUACCAGAUUAGUAAAGAACAGUGCAAACAAGACAAUGAUGGGCAAUACCCAAAUAAAAUGGCUAAAAUACAGACGAACAGACCAAGACCCACGCUUCGACCACAGCGAAUAAGACAAAGAUUAGCUAUCAAUCACGAAACUUUCAUCAAACCAAAUGAUGAACUUCAAAGCAAUGAAUUGGACUGCAACAACAAUGAAAAUAGUAAAGAAAUUUGCACCUGCAAGAGCCAAAAUGUGAAUGAAAUUGAGUGUGAGCCCGAUAUAUUCAGUGAAGAUGAACGAACAAUAUUUGAGUCGGAAGAGGAAGAAACGAUAGUUAACUAUCACCCCAAACCUGCUCAACCUGCAUACGUCCAAAAACCAUAUCAGCUCAUGCACCCAGAUUGGAGGUGGAUACCUCAUGUACCUUUGUACGGUUGGACACCCCAUCAUGAACAGAACAUUCGAAGGUUGUAUGAUGAGAUGGCUGAGGGACGUAUAACUUCUAUGUAUUACAAGGAUCCAGUUGAGUACGAGGAAUGUGAACGCCUAUACCGAAGUCUGAAAAAGCAUGACCACUUCCUUAAAAAACCGACAGUGAGUACAUUAGAAGAAGUCUUUGAACUUAUUAAGAAAACAAUACAACACGAUGACCGGUUUAAACAGCCUAAAAGGACAAAAUGCCCUUCAUUUGGAAAAGAAGACAACGGUUAUGAUGCUGAUAUUGAAGAAACAGUGAUCUAAGCGAUCGAAGUUUGACCCUCAAUCCAAAUGGCAAGUACCAAUAGUUGAAAGAAAGAACAUUGGAAUGUAACACUUGAAAAGGACAGAAUAUUCAGGUUCUUGAACAAUUUUUUUAAUUGUUGCGAAAAGAAUUAUUUGCCAAAAACACAUUACUUUCUCUGAUUUCAGCAAAAUUGUAAAUUGUUAAGUUAUGACUAUACAAUAUCAUGAUAUGUAAUUGUGAAGUUUUUUACAUAUUGUUUGGAGAAAAUUGUAAUCUACUUCCUUUAUGACUCUUGAAAAAUGCCUCUCUUCUGGUUAAUAGAAGGAAAAGUUUAUCGAACCUUUUCAAUAAAAACAUAAAAAAAUUCUAUACCUAAUGUUCCUUACUGCAGCUUAAUUCAUUUGAAAAUACUUCCUGACAAUUUUAAACA